AUAUCAUUGUCCGAUAUGUAUAUUCAAAUAUUCGUUCCUGAUGUGUACCGGAAAUAUCGAAAACAGUUUUUGACUAACGCAGUAUUGCUUCUCGCGACGCCUUCAUGUUUUGUCGGAUUCCGUGUCCGGUUCUUCUUGCGGGUAACCUGCAAAAUGACGAGGAAACGUAGGAAUGCAGGACGGGCCAAAAACGGCCGGGGUCACGUAAACCCGGUUCGUUGCACGAACUGUGCUCGAUGUGUCCCUAAGGACAAGGCGAUCAAGAAGUUCGUCAUCCGUAAUAUCGUCGAAGCUGCUGCUGUUCGUGAUAUCACUGAUGCCAGUGUGUACAGCCCGUACCAGCUACCGAAACUCUAUGCCAAGCUGCACUACUGUGUGUCCUGCGCAAUUCACUCCAAAGUAGUGCGUAACAGGUCCAAGGCUGAUAGGCGUAUCAGGACACCCCCAGUUCGCAACUUCCCCAGGGACAUGCGUCAAGGACAGCAAAACAGGAAAUAACUGUACUGCAAAUAAGUUUUACAAAUAAAAAAAAUCAAAAAAACAAA